CGCCGCUCCUUACGCCGAGGAGGACCAUGCCGAAGAUGAUGGCGACCAUCCAUAUGAGGCGGGAGCGCUGGAAGUGGCAGCUGCCAUCGAGUCCCCGCUCCGCCGCCGCCGCCAUCGCUCGAACAUUCUACACAGACUUCUGCCUGCCUGUAAUUCCAUGUCCAAAGGUUGUGCUGAGAUCCUGAGAUAAGCCGAGCUUUGUGGUAGAAGUGCCUCCGACUGCCCCACACAAGGAGAACCCACCUUGCCGCGCACCAAAUACCUCAUCUAAGGAAGUAAGGCAAGUGUGCGAGAAUGAAAUCCAAAAGCAACUCAGUUGCCGAAGGGAUGUGCUGCUGCGCGGAGGUGACUGGAGAGGGCAGUCAAUACACAGGAAAGAUGCAGGCUGUCAGCAACCCGGCGCUGCGGCAGCAUUUGCUUUGUUAGGCUGGGUUUGGUGGCCAAAAGUGGCCAGGAGAGGUCAGAGAGGGAAUGUCAUGUCACCCGUUCUGCCGCACUGCCGUGAGGACUGACCGCACUGUGAUAUCCUGGGCGGAGGAGGGGGAGCUGGCCUCCUCUUCCUCCUCUGUUGCCAAAAGUAAUUGAUUUAUCUUUUAUUAAGCGAUAUUCUUCCUGGGCUGGAAGAAUGGUCACAAAACAGCUUCAUGUGUGACAGCAGCCCCCACUCGCUGCCAGUGACACAGGCAGCUCCACCAGCCCUGGGCACGGACUUGAAAGUGAAAUAGUUCAUGAAGACAACCCCCUGCUCAGACCUUUUGUGGGGGUGGACUUCUGGAAGUUACAUUUCAAAUCCAGGACAAUGGCUUUGACCUGACUUUUUAAAAGGCUCUUUCUUUUGACAAAUAUAUGAGUCUUUAGAGUAUUUAAGAAGCUGAAUAGAGUUCCAGUUUUAAAAAUUUAAAGCCAGAAGUCCUGUUGCAUCAUCUGGUCUGGCCAGCACAGGCGAUUCAAUUUUAUCUUGUUUCUCUGAAUUGACCUCAGUGAGUGACUUGCUUUUACUUAAAGCAUACUUUUCAAGGGACAUUUUAUCUUACUUUGAAGGUGGCAAAAGACAGAAAAUCCACUGCUUUCAAUGAUUAUUCUUUCUUGUGUUUCUUAGGUUAGAUGUACCUAACAACUACUUUUGAGGGAUUAAUUUUCCAGAGUAGCUGAAAAGCUUGCUGUUUCAUAUUUUGCAAAUAUUUGCAUUUCUGCCCUCAUAUUUUGGACAGACCAGCUAUCUUUGUGGCUUCAACACUGGGAAUCUUGUUUGUCAGUGAAUUGCUUUUAUUGGCAAGUAUCAUCUAAACUGGAAACUACAAAUCCCAAACACUGUUACGUGAAUUAUUGAAAAAAAAUGCAGAACAAAUCACUUUGCCAAGUUUACAGGGAGUUAAACUGUUUUACCACAACUUCAGAGAUUUCUACUUUGGUUUCCUUUCCUUUUCUCUUAAUCAGUGCCAGAAAGUGACUGAAUGAAGCCCUGGCACCCUGUUAUGAACUGGCAGCAUGCUACACACCAAAAUAUCACCUGAGCGCAGACAGUGGGAAGCUCUGGCCGUGCUUACUAGAAGCCAGGUUUAGAUUAAUAGUUUGGAACAGACAUGUCAGUUGUGACAGGAUAACCACAGCUCCAUGUUCUUUCUCAGGCCUUUCCUGUGCUAGAGAACAUGCAGAUACUGGUAGCUAUCAAUUGACACAGCUGCCAUCACGGUGACAGAGCUCUGUAAGCAUUUGAAGAAGACGAGCUAUCCUAGCUUUGCCCGGCUUCAGGCUGCACAGAUUGCUAAACUGAGUCUCUUUUGACAGUAGUCAAGGCCAUAGAAAAGAGGGAAAGCAUAAUCUUAAAAACAAGCUUGAAAGGAAAAAAGCAUACUCCCUCAUAAUUUCAUACAAACAUUUUUCUUUCAUUUGCAUCACUUGGUUUAGAUUUCAAAUUAGUUUGGUAUUAAAUCCAUGAGUACUUAUUGAGAAUCUAAGAUUAAAAGACAUGUUUGCUACAAGAUCAGUAGAUAAGGUUACUAACCACAUGAUACCAUGAGAAUGGGACAUGUGAUCCUCUUUGACAUUUCAAAGACAGCUACAUUAAUUUUUAAAAAUGUUUUUUUCACUGAAGCUCUGUCCAUAGGGUCCUGAGGUCUCCAUGGUGACUGGGUGUGUACACUGAGGUGGGUUAGUUCUGCUGAAAACAAUCGAAUGGACCUGUGUAUUCUUUCUGCCUAACCCCUGAGAAACAGCUACCUCAUUUCCUAUGAUGUAUAUAUCAAUAGAUCACUCUCUUCAAUUUUCAAAUACUAAAGUUUCUGCUGCACCUAGUGGUGGAGAAAACUUGUUCCCUCUUCGGUUUAGAAGCAUUUGCUAUCUCUAACUUAGAGAUAUUGACUAUCUCACUUUCAUUGGGAAGUACAAAGGGUAUUUGCCAGGUAGUCUGCCUCUUUUGUUUGGUGUUCCUGGUAGAUGCCAGAGACUAGAUAGAGACAUGUUAGCUCUUCCCUGUCUUUUAAAAUUCCUUAAAAUAAAGGGGGAGGGAGGAUUAGUCAAAUUCAGAACAAAUUUUAGGGUAUGAGUCAUUGUACUGGAGUCAGUGAGGUGACUUCUUUAAACAGCAACUUUCUGUAUAGGUAAGGAUUAAGGGACUGGGCUUUUUUAGGAAGUUACUUGAAAGUGAACUGCAGCCAGUUUUAAACUGGAUUUGAAGCUGGUAUAAAAGAGAUGAGAUGCAUUCAGUUACCUAAGUUACCUAAGGACAUGGAAUUAUCAACAGGGCUUUUUAUUAUCAGGGUUAAAUGACAAAAUGCUACAAUGAAACUAAUGCAAGUAAUGUCUGAUUCCUAAUGUAACUAGUUAACAUGGCUGUUCCUCUAUAAUUUUUAAUUUUUAAUGGGGACUUAAAAUUGUAUCACCUUAAUCUUUUAGUUCUAAGACCAGAGAAGCUAAGGAAAAGUAUGGUCUUUAAAAGUAUUUCAUGUUGCAGUUUGACAGGCAUUACAGUUUUGAGUUAAUGGUCAAGAUUUUCAGCAGAUUCCCAUACUUGCAAAAAAAAUGUGAAGUGUAAUGAGAUGUGCAUUAGAAGAAACAAUGUAGUGUGGUAAUUCUGCUUCUUCUUAUAGUGAAUAGUCUUUGCAACAUGGAAGUAUGUAUCCUUCUCAUUUGUAGUUGGAUUCCUUGAAUGUUUGAUAAAACUAGUUGUCUUCUAACACAUUUAUUACAUAAUUGUAAGCAUAAUUCAAGCACUGGAAAUUGUCAGCUAUAAAGGUUCCAGACAAAUACUUUAUUCUUUGUAAGGACUAAGAACUAGGUAACACUUACAAACGUAUGAAUUUCUCAUUGAUUUUACUACAAAUCCAGUCUGUACAUUUUAGAGGCGAAUUUUUGUCAGAGUUCCAUAUGCUCAUCCUAAAAAUAUCACUGUAGCGGUUUUUUUGUUAUUAAAAUGGAAGAGAAAGGUGAAACAGCUGCUUUUGUCAUUACAAGCUUUGGCCAAUGUUGCAUUAAUAAGCCUUUGUAAAUAGACAGCCAAGACUCACAAGUUUGAAGUCUGGGUUGCACAGAGAUCUUCAGUUUUGAGCAGCUGUGCACUUUACAGUUCUGUAUUUGUUUUUACCAAUAUCUGCUGGAAGUCAGUAACUCAAGUCCUACUGGACUAUUUGGGAGAUGAGAAGCAAUAGGACUGACAAGGGAGGUUAGAGAAAUAGUUCUUUGAACAGGGAGGAGAAGACUCCAGACAACUUGUCUCCAGUCCUAGCAGACUAGCCUUAAGGCCAAAUUCACUCAUCUUUAGGCAACUAGUUAUCAUAAUCAGGUUCAGCAAGCCAUGAUGUUGUGGUUUGUUGUAUUUCUAUAGUAUCAUGUGGGUGCUUGUAUUCUGUCAGCACAAGAAAAAGAUAGUCCUUUUCCUAAAAUGUCUGCAGUUCAGAGGUCUGAUCCUCUCAGAGUCCACAAGUGUUUCUGGAGCUGAUCAGUCAUUGAGUAUAUGGUGACAGACACUUUCUUACAAAGGAAGGGAGACAGGGAAGGAGAUGGCAGAGAUCAUGAGGAAAAGUAUUACCAUAAAGUAACAUAGAUUGUGAACCUGACUCUACUGGGCAUGAAAUACUGCUACAUUUAAAUGAAAUCAUAUUUAUCUCAGUGGUGCUGGAGCAAGAAACAACUUGCCAGACUUAACUGAACUCAGUAAUCCUCUGGAGGCCUAGGCUAGAUAUCUGGAGGAUAUUUUAUACACUGUUUUAUGUUUCUUGAGGCAGGAUUUUAGUGGCCACAGGUUUUCUACUGCAUGAGUUCCUGUGUGGCUUUCCUACUCUGUGCUCAAAGAGGUCAAGAAUACUCAUAAUCUGUUCAUUAGGCUUAUUAAAAAUGGAAAUCCUACUCCAGGCUGUUCCUGCACUGGUGUGGACUUUGCUCUGCUAAUUUGCCCUUCCCUGUGGUCAUCCUAAUCCUUCAUAGGCUCAGGCUCAGCCUGUCCAAACUCCAGAUCAGUGCUCUGUGUGGCUGUGUGAGGUGGGUCUGUCCCACAGAACAGAGGUGUCCCUCCACCAGAGUAGGAGACAUUGUAUUGCAUGAGACUGGGGGCACUAAUCACUACCUUCCCAGCUAUCUUACUUCCAUCUCCUAAGACUUUUUUUCCACUGCCUAGAAAAAAAUGAAUAGUGUUGAGCACCACCAGGCUACCACUUAAUAAAGACAAAAUGUUUGCAAAUACUUUGGUUUCAGUUUUACCUUGGUUAUCACUGAAGAGUUAAAUAUCAGGCUAGCAGACAUUUAGUCUUAGCAAGUAUGACCCUUUUUUACCAUUUCUCUAGAUUUUAGAUAAUUACAAUCAGUUCAAUGGAUUAUUUUAAGAGUUAAAUAUAAGAAACACUUAAGUGUGAGACUAUUCCAAGUUAUGUGAAACCAGUCUAAUGCCUUCUCCACCUUGAAAUCUACAGAUUUUAGUGGGAACUAAGUCAGAGCAAGACUGGUAGGUCUCAAAAGUGAAUGAUGUUUUCAGCAAUAUUGUUUUCCUCCACCCUGAAGUGUUAGUAACAACAUUCAUUUCACAUAGGAGAAAGGCUAGAGCAAUGCUUUGACAUAAUAAAGAUGUUUACUGUAAGGGAAAGCUCAGUGCAGGUGAUAGCUCUCUCAAGAGCCAGUUCUGAACUGGGGAAUGAAUUCUCUUGGAAAGCAAAGAUUAUCAUAAAUUUCACCCUCUUUUUGCUCAAGGUCCAAAAUAUGCCUCUACCCUGCUUUUCCUGAUGACAUAUCAUGGAAGUGUGCCUGUCUGUACAUUGAAUUGUUUUUCAAAACAAGAGAGGCUGCUGUAAAUGCCCCUUUCCCCAAAGAGCAGGUGAGAACACAACCUCACUUGUCUGCUCAUAUUCUCUGGAGGGUUCCUGGACACAUCUGGCCGUGACAGUACUGAGCAUAGGGUGAAAUCUUUGUGGAUGAGAAUCCAUGUUGCUUUGCUGAAUUCUACCAUUUUCCAUUUGAACAUGAAAUCUCUUUGCAGUUCUCCGGGGUUGUUUUGUAGCAUUUUUAUUUCAGUAAGAGCUGCCUUUUACUGCCAAGCCCAUAAUUAAAGCCGUGGUAAGUAAUGGGCUGCAAAAGGUGUACCAAAAGAUAAUUAAAGAUGCACUGCAGAGCAUGAGCAUCCUUUUUAUGAGGUGUUAAUGUCUGAAGACCAACCAGUGACAUUGAUUUUGCCUCCUUCAGGAUGAAAGUUCUGCUUAAACAUCAAUAGCACUGUACUGCCCUAGAAAAUGUUUGAUGUAGGAAUUUCUUAAAGGGUGUUUGUCCUAAGACUCCCCAGGCAGGCGCCUGUGACAGCCCAUGCUGCACUGGGUAAUUCGGCAUCCCAUUCAUGCUAGCAGGAUUUGCUAGUCACCUUUGCAACUCCUAACUCAAGAAGGGCUGCUCUGGAGGGAGAGAAGUGAGGUUCUCCCAAUGCCCUGGAUUAAAUAGAUGCAACCCUUUUUUUUGAGAACCAUUUUAAAGAGCACUGUGACUAGUCAUUGUCUAACAAUGAUGUUGUCUCUCCCAAAUGCACUUUACACACAUAUCUUCCAUUUCUGUUCUAUUUUGAGUAUAUUCCACAUGUGAUUUGGACUCCUCUGUAGAUGUACUUAUACCACAACUGGCAUAAAGGAACCUUGACAGAGUGGGUUUCCACACUUGGACUCUACUUCAAUCUAUAGCAAAAUGACAUGGAUUUUUGUGGAAUUCUGAAGACAAUCUAUGAACUAAAGAGACACUGGUUUUGUUAAGCAUGCUGCUUUGGAUAUACCUAUUUCUUUCCCCACACUCAUCCCAUUCCCAUAUUUGUGAAAUGAAUCAAAAAUAGGUGGCAGAAUACUAUUUUUCCAAUAGAGUUUAGAGAGGAGAUGCAAGAGCUCACAAACAGUUGUUUUGAUUAUCACUGACAUGCAGCAGCUCAACGAUGCCAAGGGAAUUCGGGCAGCAAGAGCUGGUCCGUGUUGUUGCCUGGAUUAGUGUUUGUGGCAGAAAUUAGCUCUUGUGUUAGGCCAAGUCCAUAGGUCUCAGCAGAAGAGGGGCAAGAGGAGAGGGAGGAAAAGAUUGCUAUCUUCUUUCCUGGAAUGUCACUUAGUAACAAAACACUCUUUCAAUUAGCAUUGCAAAGAAAAUCUUUGAAAAUGAAGGGUGCAAAGAGGCUGCCUGGCAGAAUGCCUGAAACAAUAACUCCGGGAAGUGUGAACUGCUCUCCAUAGCUAGAGGAUGUUAACAAAAGCCUAGUCUAUCUGACCCGAGCUAAUAGUCGUGCACAGUCACUGUUAGCAAGCAGUGCAAGUCCGUGCAAGUCUCUGCUGGCUCCUUCUUAUCUCUUCUGCACUGGUUGUGUCUAUAAGGUGUGUAUGUGUGAGUGGGAGGAGAUGAUUUCCCUGUUCUUUUGAGAUCGGUAUUGCAGGCUGCCUGCAGGGGCAGCUUUGUGUUCUAGUUAUCUCCAUGACAUGAUGCUUUCUGCUGUGAAAAUUGAAAAUCCAGAAAGAAAACUGAAGAUAUUUUUUCUAGUUUUUCUUGUGGCCAGACUGAAUGAGUGAAGUAUCUUUGUACACUAGAAAUAUCCUUGGUAUCCUUGAUCCAGUUUAUCAGGCACCCCAUGGACAGAAUUGCAGAGAGAUGGAAAAGUCAUAUGCAAUUCCAUACUUUAUUGUGCCAAUUCAAAUCGAGACUCCCCCAUUCUCUCUUACCCUCUGCUCCUCCAUCCCGUGCUGGUGCUUGCCAAAAACUACACCGGCCAAAAAGAAAACCGUUGUCUUUUUUUUUUUUUUUCUUUAUGCAAUGGGCAGCUCUGUGAGCUCUUGGCUCAUUUCUGGGCAAGUGUACACUGGAGAUGGUAUGUACAGGAUUGUGUGCAAAGCCAUGUGGAGGCUUAAAGACAGGUAGAGUUGAACUCUGCAUGCUCAGAAAAAGAAGCAAUAGCUGAAGUUGGCUUUGCUGUAGAGAAGACUGUCAAAAAAACUAUGCCUCCAAGCUUUAUGUCUGCUUGUUGUGUCUGAGCCUUUGUCUACAUAAGUCUCUCAACAAUAAAAGUGAAAUAAAGCCAAAGGACUAGUAGCACAUCUUGACUCUACCUACAACUGCUGAACCACUUUGUCACCCAACACUUUUCUCCUUUCUCCCACAUAACAAUGCUCACUUUUACCUUCUAUAUGGACAGGAAAAACUCCAAACUAUCCUGGAACUCUGGAGGAGAAAAGAAAUCUUGUGGGAUGUAUCUGUGCUAUGACAGUUCAGGCUUAUGGGGAUAAUAUGGUAGAAGAAAGGGGAGAAGUACUGAGAAAUUGCUUCAAGCUGUUGUUUCCAGAUGUUUUGGACUACUUGGUGCUAUCAUCCCUCUGGAAUUCUCACUGUCUUCACAUGCACUUCUGCUUGAAAAUAUUAUUAAGGUAAAGUGAUUUCUGAGGGCAUUUACCUUGCCUUAUGGACAGGGUUGCUAAAGGAAUCCAGUCUCUGAAGUACUAGAUUGACAGGGGCUGACUGUCAUCCCUGUCUGGAAGGUCAUUAAUUUUUUGUUGUGAAGCACUGCAGUGGUGUGGGUAAUGUUAAAACCCUUGUGCAGCUCAACCCAAAGUGGCUGCAUGGAUGGUGGAUACACUGGUCUCUGCAGAACGCAAACAGUAUGUAACAGCUGACAGACUUUGUCCCUGUACCCUUUAGCUUCAGAGCAAGCUGGACAAGGUCCCAAAUCUGAAAAAUGAAUGGGGGGGACAUGGUGAGAUGAAAAACAUAUGAAGUAAUGAUGCUGCUGUUCUUGAACACCUUCAGUGAUAGCCAUUAAUGGCCUCAUUUGACAAAUUAUUACACUGACUGAUUUGCUGCUGUUCUGACAUCUAAUCCUUUGCAGCGUUGCAACUGUUGCUCCAAGUCCUUUAUGUCACUCUUGGCUCUCUUAAACAAUAUUUCUGGACUCUCUUUUAGAUUAAUAUGUCCAUCAUGAUUUCACCUUGGGCUGAUAGCACAGACCUUGCUUGUUCUGUACCUGACUUGGAUGAGCAGAGCUGUCUAGAGAGAAAAAAAAAGCUGCCAUAGGAAAGGAAAACUUUGUGCUGAGCUCUUCAGCAUGCACUUGGGAAGGAGCCUGCUCCAUCUCCCCUGGGUGAUCCCCGAGUGAGCUGGGGGAGGGCUUUGUCCUUUAUUGUGAACAGCGGGUGUUAAUGCAAUGUCUAGUAAAGCCACCAGCAUUUUAUUUACUGCAGUUAAGUCGAUGAGAAAUGUCCCAUGGAUGGAAAUAGGAGCAGGGUAACCAAACGGGGAAGACAAGGACUUGUCACCCGGGUGUAGUAAGAGCUGGGAUGGUUUCCCAUUGGGAGAAGGGCAGUGUGGAGGCCUCCCUGCAUCUAGAGGAGUACUGGGUUUCCAGCAGAGCGGGCCCGCGGUACAGAGAGAAGGGGAAAGGGGAGCACUCUUAGAGAGCUGAAGCAAAGGUGAAAGAUUCUUUCAUUGAAUUAUCCACCCUCCAUUUGAAUUAAAAAAAGGUGGAUGGGCUGGUGGUGACAGCGGGGGCUUCGCUGGGAGACGCUUUGGCUCCUUGUAUGGGGCGAGCCCUUAUUAUGUGUAUUUUGGUGAUGGGGUGACAAUGGAGGUGUGGGAGACGGCUCUGAGUCACCCGCGGAGCCCCGGCGGCCCCGGCUCAUUGGCGGGGCCGGGCCGGGUGGGUGGGGGUCGCUCAGGGCCGAGGUGAAGGGCUCAUAAGGCGCGGAGCGGCCAGAGGCGCCCCACCGCCCGCACACCUCGGCCCCAUGGAGCUCGCCAGCCUGACCCCCGCCAGCCCCGGACCUGCCGGAGAGCCCCGGGCGCGCCCCGCCGGUCCCGGCGCGGGGCGAGAGGGAGGCCGGCGCAAGAGAACCACGUUCAGCAAGGCACAGCUGGAGCUGCUGGUCCGCGCCUUCGAGAAGGAGCCAUACCCCGGCAUCGCCCUGCGGGAGCAGCUCUCCGACCUCACUGAGAUCCCCGAAUCCCGGAUCCAGGUGUGGUUCCAGAACAGGAGAGCCCGGCAGCUGAACCGCAAGAAGAGCGAAGCCGCCGCCUACCCCAGGCCGGGCAAGGCAAAGCCGGCCCGGUGCGGCGGCCAAGAGCGGCCACGGGCGCCGCAGGGUCCUGGAGCGGAGCGGAGCCUCCUGUGCCCGCAGCCAGGCCUGCCAGGAGGGAGCCAGAACUUCUGCGGACAGCCGCCGUCUUACUCGGGACAGCCGUACUCAAGGCUCGACAUGCAUUUCAGGAGCUUGGAUAACACUUUUGGAGCUCAGGGUCAGACCCCAGCUCACUUCGGUUUGGACUGCGUGGGAAAAGGGGUCCCACUAGGUGCGGAAAGCAUGGGGAGUCCCCCUCAGUUCUCGCUCCCUGUGCAGCAGGCACAGGACUAUCCGCACCUGAAGAAAUCUUUCCCUGAAAACUACUACUCAGAUGCGGAUGUUUUCCAGAUUUGUAUAGAAGAUCACCAGUACCUGGCAGCUAAAGAGAACAUGUACAGGAGGCCUCUCUUUAACUACAUCAGUGCUAACCAGGGCCUGGGUGUUGAGAACUAUUCAUGUAUCAAGUCAAACACUUCUCCCUUUGCAAAGGGCUUCGCUUUCAGUUAUGGUGAAGGGGAACCUAAGCUCGAGCCGGAGCAGAUGAGGCACAGUUCACCUCUGCUUGAGGCUAGUAAUGCUAGUCCUCCUUUGAUACUUCCAAAACAUGAAGGGGGGUAUCAAGGGACACUUGCCACUCCAGCCACAUCCUAUGGGCAGCAGGUGCUGGAGACAGUAAAUGACUACGACUCUCAUUGGCUGGGGAUGAGAAAUGAAAUUUUGGGAACAGGGUUAGAUUCACUGUUUGAGAACGAGCAAAAUGCACAGCAAGGUGAGCAAAAAAGUUUCCUUUUUGCUUUUGGUGGCCAGAGUUCAACCUGUCAUUUGAGUCACACAUGAAACUGGCAUGCUUGCCUGAUGAAGAAUUAAUGUGAUUUUUUUGUUCAAUUGGCAGUGUUGUCCUAAGUGACUAGAGGUUUGCAGGUCUAAGUGUGGAGUGCUUGCUCUGAGUUUUUUGCCCUGUCUGGAAGGGAAAGAAAGAUAAGCCACAUUAGUAAGGGCUACAGGAGAAUAAACUGCCAAAUGUGUCCCAUCCCAGGGGAACUGUCACUAAGCUGCUUGCAGUAUUCCUGCACGUUUGGUUAUUGGCAGCCUCAUGUUAACUUGCAUGCACAGACUGAUCUUCACAAGUAUGUCAGUACUGAAGAUUUCUCUGUGUUCAGACUGUGCUGGAUUAAUUCUGCCAGGAGGAUUGGGAUUAUGGUGUUGCUUUUGUGGCCUUACUGCACUGAGUUUUGUUUCUAUUCUGGUCAUAAUUCACUUACUUUAACUUAAGAAAUCUGUAGAAAACAGACAUUUAUAGCUUUUAGUGGAGAAAGCAUUAACACGAGAAGGGGACAAGCAUGGGAAAAACAGCAUUGGUGGUGGCAGGGGGUGGCUCACUGGGUGUGUCUGCAUUUUAGGUGUGCUCCUGACAGAGAACACAGAUGUUUUUUCCUGGAUACUUAAUGUGUAGUGUUUUCAUUUAAAAAUGACCACACGUGUAGCCUUUUAAAGGGCAAUAUUUUUGUGACUUCCUUUUGUAUAAUUUGUUUGCAGGUUGUAUUCUUUUUUUUUUUUUUUGGUUGUUUUCAAAUUGUAAUUUUCUAUUUGCCAAAUGAAGGUUUUCUGCCUUCAUGAACUUGUAGAAUUGCACUCAGAGAAGAGAAAAAAAAAUUAAUUUCAUCUUUGCAUUUGCACAUUGAGCCUGUUUUUAGAACUCUCAAGAUCCAUGGCUGUCUGGAAGAGCACUGUAAUCAUGGAAGUGUUCUUCACAUGUGUCUCGGGAGACUGCCAUGGUUACAUGUUAAAGCAAUAUCAGACCUACAAUGCUGAAAACUCUACGGGUAAAUCCUUUUUUGUGUUUAAAAUGUGGCUCUUUUAUGUUUUAAGUAUGCCUAGAUCUAAAUACAUAUGUUAUUAACUUAAUUACUUUGUUUAUAGAACAAAAGAAACAAUGAAAAUAAAACUUAACCACAGACCAUUAUUUUAUUAAUAAAGUUGAUAUCCCUGAAGAA